GCCGGCGGAAAUGGGGCCGGUGUCCCGCGGCCGGGCUGGGGACCGUGAGCACCGUCGCCUGCUCGGGCCCACUCUACCCGGUCCCCCAAACCCGUUCCCUCCCCGCCGGUCGGGGACACGGCCCUGAACAGCAGCUGGGUUGCUGGCAUGGUGCUCAAGGCCUUCUUCCCCACAUGCUGUGCCUCAGUGGACAGUGGCCUGCUGGUAGGACGAUGGGUCCCAGAGCAGAGCGCUGCCGUGGUCCUGGCUGUAGUGCACUUUCCCUUCAUCCCUAUCCAGGUCAAGGAGCUCCUGGCCCAGGUGCAGCAGGCUAGCCAACUGGGCAUGGCCGUGUUGGGAACCUGGUGCCACUGCCAGCAGGAGCUUGAGGAGAGCCUGGGACAUUUUUUAGAGGGCCUAGGUACUAUCUUCUCCCAUGACCCCUGGCUUCAGCUGUGCCGGGAGAAGGGCACCAGGUGUUGGAGCUGCAAGGCCAUCUACCAUCAGGUGUCCUCCUCCCCUGACACACCCAGUGAGGAUCAAGUCAUGCUCAUCUUCUAUGACCAGCGCAAGGUGCUGCUAUCCUGGCUGCAUCCACCUAUGACAGUGCCCAACUGCCAGGCUGGAGAUGUCACGGCCAGUGCUAGAGGCCUGGCUGCCAUCUUUGACACGGUAUCACGCAGCAAGAUGCUCUUCCACAGUGACCGGUUUGAUGAGAGCCCUGUGCGGCUGAGCCACUGGCAGUCAGAGGGUGUGGAGGCCAGUAUCCUGGUGGAACUGGCGAAGUGGGCCUCAGGGCCUGUCUGCUUGCUGGUGGCCUCUAUGCUGUCCAUAAUCUCAGCUGCUGGUACUUGGCGGCUUUGGAAUCUAUGGCCCCUGUCCUUCAUCAGAAGCAAGCUCUCUGCCUGUGAGCAGCUUCGGCACCGACUGGAGCAACUCUCACUUGUUUUCAGUACCCAGAAGGCCCAGAGCCCCACCCAGCUGAUGAGGAAGGCCAACAUGCUGGUCUCUGUGCUUGUGGAUGUGGCCCUCGGCCUCCUGCUGCUGUCCUGGCUUUACAGCAAUGACCGGAUUGGGCAGCUGGCCAAUGCUCUCAUCCCUGGAGCUGAUCGUGUGGCUGAGGAGCUCCAGCAUCUGCUGCAGUGGCUGAUGGGUGCUCCUGCUGGGCUCAAGAUGAACCGGGCAUUGGACCAGGUGCUAGGCCGCUUCUUCCUGUACCACAUCCAUCUGUGGAUCAGCUAUAUCCACCUCAUGUCUCCCUUCAUUGAGCACAUCCUGUGGCAUGUGGGGCUCUCAGCCUGCCUUGGACUGACCAUCGCUCUGUCCAUCCUAUCAGACAUCAUUGCCCUCCUCACUUUCCACAUCUACUGCUUCUAUGUCUACGGUGCCAGGCUAUACUGCCUGAAAAUCUACGGCCUGUCCUCCCUCUGGCGUCUGUUUCGGGGGAAGAAGUGGAAUGUUCUUCGCCAGCGGGUGGAUUCCUGCUCCUAUGACCUUGACCAGUUGUUCAUUGGGACCCUGCUCUUUACCAUCUUGAUCUUCUUGCUGCCUACCACUGCCCUCUACUACCUGGUGUUCACCCUGCUCCGGCUCCUAGUGGUCACUGUGCAGGGCCUGAUCCACCUGCUCAUGGACUUUAUCAACUCUCUGCCUCUGUAUUCCCUUGGCCUUCGACUCUGCCGGCCCUAUAGGCUGGCAGCUGGCGUGAAGUUCCAAGUCCUAGAGCAAGAGGCAGGCAGGCCCCUUCGCCUCCUGAUGCAGAUAAACCCACUGCCAUACAGCCUUGUGUUAUGUACCUAUCGCCUGCCCAGCUACGGCUGUCAUCCCAAGCACUCCUGGAGCUCCCUGUGCUGCAAGCUGUUCCUUGGAGAGCUCAUCUAUCCUUGGAGGCAGAGAGGGGACAAGCAGGACUGAGGAGCCAGCCCCAGCCUGCCCACAAUCACCGCACAGCCAUCACGCCUCCUGUCUGCCAGGGUAGAGCUUGGGGGUAACACAAUUUCCACACAGGCCUACCAGACGUUCCUUGUGCUAUGUGUGGGUGGGCCUUGUUCUUGAGUCCCCACUCUGGCUCCCAGGUCCUGUGCUCCAGCUGUUUAGCAUCACCUGUUUGGGGACCCACUUGUUCUACUGUGGUCACUAUCCUCUCAGCCUUGCCCAGGAGUGCCUUGACUCUGUGAGGUAUUUUGGCAGGUCUCCGUGGGUGCUCCAUUGGGUGAAUGGAGAGGCCCCUCCCAGAUUGCACUUCUAGGCUCUUGGUGCCUUCUAGGAAUCUCAGCAGAACACCCCUAUCAGGGGAAUUGAGGCAGCUGCUGACCCUCUGCCCCAGUGGACCAACCCUUCAUGCUGCACUUCACUGGAUUUGGUUUUGGCUGCUUCCUGGAGACUGCUUUGCGAAGUUGCUGCUGACAGGGCAUUGGAGGUCCCUGUGCUUGAGGCCAGUGUGGGGUAGCUAAGCUGCCUUUUUCGAAACAGUAUCUGCCACCUGGCCACAAUGCUCUUAGUACCCCUGUGGGGACAGGCCCUUUGGCAGCAUCUUCCUUUUCCUGUCACUGUCUUCUGGGCAGGUACUUCUGCCGCCCAGAGUCUGAGUGGCACUGGGAAGUAAGACUGGGGGGUGGAUGGAGUGGCAUGUACUGGGCUUUCAUGUGAAAGAGCUCCGUGGGGCAAGAAGCUGGACUGCUGACCGUGUAAAGUCUCUGUCAAUCAGAAGGGGCAGCCGGCCCUAGCUGUCUGUCAGGGCUACUGAGGAUUGUCCACAUUAGCUUCUCCACUCUCUCUGCCCCCACACACCUUUGCCACAGGCCAUAUUCCUCUAAGCACCCAGUGCAAGAUGGUGGUGGGGAUGAAUACUGGCCCUGACUUUUACUUUGGUGACAAUAAAACUUCCCAUAAGUUUGAA